AUCGCGGCAAUCUUCCCACUUUUCGACACUUUUCGGCGCUUCUCCCCUUUGGCACUCCCCACCACUUCGAAGGUGAACGGAGGAAUGGCUCAGCGCAGCGCCCACUGGUAAAGCGGAUGCCUGUCGAGCGAGAGCCGAACUGGGAAAGCACCAUUUAAGAAAAGGAGAAAAAAAAGAGGAAAAGAAAAAAAGAGAAAAUAAUAGAGAGGAAAAGAAAACAAAACAAUAGAGAAGGAAAGAGAAGAACACCUUCUGAGCGACUGCUCGUACAAGGCGCCAACCGAUCAGUGCGGCGCAGCGCAUGUACUUCCCCUGCUCAUCUGUUUCGAAGCAGCCAAUAUACACUUCCUUUCAAGGCAGCCUUUUUAAGCGCCUGCGGGGGGAGUCAAUUCCCGGGCAUACUUACGUACAUGCAGGAGCGCAUACGCGUAAGGAGCUUCUCCUUCUCCUCUGCGGCACACCGAUCAUUAUCGCGAAAGCCAAGGAGAAAACGGCUGGACUGUAUUCACCACAAAGGGUGAUAACGCUACCUCAGCUUCAACCCUCAGUUGACGUGUGGAUGAUAUGCAAGCAUAGCUCACAGUCGGCCCCCCCUUUUGCGUGAACAGACGUGUACCCUCCCCGUGCACGCGCAGAUAAUUUUUCUCCCCGGGGGUUUCCCACUGCCUGCCUACGGAACAAGAGGAGGAACCAUGACGGCGGAGGACAAGAAGGCCGUGUCCAUCAAGGUGCCCGUGAAGCCCAAGGAAGCGGAGGAGAAGAGGAGGAAGCUGAACAGCCUGAAGAUCAAGAACGAGGAACUGAACGAAGAGGAGAAGAAAAAGAAGGAAGAGCUGGAGCUGCUCAUCACCAGGCUAAGAGAUGAAGACCCAGAGGUAGUCAACCUAUCCAUUACUAUGCUAAACAAGGAGAUAAUAGAUACCAGUGGAAUUUUGACGUCUUCCCUGCUAGCCCUGAAGGUACUGAAGACCCACUACAGCACGCUACUCGAAAUACAUGAGGAAAUGAAAUUUGAGGAGUGCAAAAGGAAGAUGAGCAACAUGAUAAGUGCCCUGUCUACCACCAUAGGGGAUGAAAACAACAUUGUGAAGUAUGUCAUCAUGGGCAAUAAGAACGAUUUGGUGAAUUAUGGCCAUGAGUACAUAAAGAAUUUAAUCUCCAAGCUGUUGGUGGAGUUUAAAAAUGUGAAAGAGGAGGAGUCGUCUGGCUCCGGGGCGGCCGUCACCCCCGGUGGAGCAGGUGGCCCGGCAGCGGCGACUGCUUCGUUGGGGGCGACGUCUUUGGCGGCCACGUCUUUAGCGGCUACCUCGUUAGCGGCAACCUCGUUAGCGGCAACCUCUCCUGUGACCGCUUCCCCCGUGACCGCCCCCCCGAUGACCGCUUCUUCACCCGCUGCGGGCGCACCACGGGGAUCGCACAUGCUGAGCCACAUCUACGAGCUGGUGAACAUCAUCGUGCCGUACUGCUUCAACCACAACACGGAGUACGAAGCGAUCGACUUGCUGAUCGAGGUGGACAAAAUAAAUGACAUUCACCUGUACGUGGAUGAGAAGUCCUGCGAAAGGUCCAUCCUGUAUCUGCUCAACAUAACCCACUACAGCUCCUCCACGGAGGAAUACUACAAAUUGAUGGAGGUGAUUCUGCACAUUUUGAAGAAGCACAAGAGGCAUGUGGAAUGUUUAAAGAUUUUACUAAAGCUAAACAGGAGGGAUAAAAUCAAAGACCUGCUCUUCGAGUGCGGAGACAUGAUUACCUGCAAGCAGAUGGCUCUCAUAUGUUCUAGACAUUCCAUCCAUUUGGAGUUCACCCAAGAGGAAGUGAUUCGCUACCCUCACAUGAACCUGAACCAGCUAGCUAGCCUUUCCUCAGGGGAACAUUUAUCUUCCAUUUUUUUGAAACUAGCCAAAGACUUAGAUGUAGAAGAACCCAAAUUGCCAGAAGAUAUUUACAAGACACAUCUGGAGGAAAAGAGAAACACAAAUGUGUGGGACUCUGCAAAGCAGAACUUGUCCGCCUCCUUUGUAAAUGCAUUUGUUAAUGCCGCCUUCUGUAAGGAUAAGCUAAUGACGGUUAAUUCGUCUCUUUGGAUUUUUAAGAAUAAGGAUUACGGGUUGAUGAGUGCAACUGCUUCUAUGGGGCUACUGCUCAUGUGGAACGUCGACGAAGGGUUGUCCCAAAUUGAUAAGUUUCAAUACAGCAGCGACCAUCAUGUGAAGGCAGGCGCUUUGAUGGCAUUCGGGUUAGCCUGUACGAAUGUAAAAAGUGAAUGUGACCCCGCAUUUGCUUUGCUAUCAGAACAUAUUGAUGCGGAAAAUACGAUGGAGAGAAUAGGAGCCAUAUUAGGCUUCGGCUAUGCAUAUGCUGGUUCGGGGAAGGAGAACCUCCUCGAUGUGCUCAUGCCACCGCUGGUAGAUAACGGCUGCAUCAUCGAGUGCAGCGUAUUCGCAGCUGUCUCGUUGGGACUCGUCUUCGUCGGUUCGCAAAAUAGAGAAAUUGCAGAGUACAUCAUUGACACUGUCAUGGAGAGGGAGAAGGUUAACAGCUCUCUCGAUCAGCCCAUCGCAAAAUUAUACGCAGUCGCCUUAGGCCUUCUGUUCCUCUGCGCAAGGGAAAAAUGCGAAGCUACUCUCUCCGCCCUGGAAAUCAUCAAACACCCAAUUGCAAAAUAUAUGAUUACGACUGUGGAGGGGAUGGCCUUCGCUGGCUCCAACGACGUUUUGAAGGUCCAAAAGAUGUUGCAAGUUUUGGUCGAAAAAAGAAGUGACAAGAAGGUUAAUAUGGACGGUUCUGCAAAGCCGACUGAUCAGCCUCAUCAUCCUGCACCUUGUGGGAAUGCAGUCGAUGGGAAGGCUCCCCAGGGUGCAGACGCGAAAGGCCCCCUUUUGGAUGGCAAGCGGGCCAACCCCACCCUAGGUAGUAGUAAAAGCGCCAAGACUGGCCCAGCGGACGGGAAAGGCAGUACUACCAACGCAGGAAGUGGCUCAGGAGGGAAUACCCCCCAGGCGGAAGACAACCUAGAUCAGUGCGUAGCCAUCCUGAACAUUGCCCUCAUCGCCCUAACGGAUGACAUCAGCUCCGAGAUGACGACCAGAAUUAUCGACCACUUCUUGCAGUACUCUAAUUUGAACCAGAAGAAAGCCGUCCCUUUAGCUUUGGCGUUGCUAUUCACGUCCUUCCCCAAACCGAACAUCGUUGAUAUCCUCUCCAAACUGACGCACGACCAGGAUGCAGAUGUGGCUUUGCAUGCGAUCAUGUCUCUGGGGUUUGUUGGUGCAGGGACGAAUAACUCCCGUAUAGCCAUAUUACUCAGACAGCUGUCAACCUUCUAUUGCAAAGAUACCAAUGCCACCUUUGUGGUGAGACUCUCUCAGGGGCUACUCUACAUGGGCAAGGGGCUACUAACUAUCAACCCCUUGCAUUCGAACCGAUCCAUCAUCAACUACGUGGCGCUGGGGUCCCUCCUCGUCACCAUCCACGCGUGCCUCCAGCUGAAGACCACCAUCCUGGGCAAGUACCACUACCUGCUGUACCACCUCGUGCCGUGCAUUUACCCCCGCAUGCUCGUCACCGUGAACGAGGACUUGGAGCCCCUCCCCAUUUCGGUGCGCGUGGGCCAGGCCGUCGACGUCGUCGGGCAAGCCGGCAAGCCCAAGACCAUCACGGGGUUCCAGACCCACGUCACGCCCGUCCUGCUGCUGCACACGGACCGGGCGGAGAUAGCCACGGAGGAGUACAUCCCCAUCAACGACACUCUCGAGGGAAUCGUCAUUCUGAAGAAGGACCCCAACUACGUGCCGCCAGCGAUCAACUGA